AUGAACAAUUCUGGAAAAACACCCCAGACGAUAUUCACGGACGGGUACAAGGAAAUAAAAGCCGAAGGCGAAAAGUCGAUUAAGGACACAACCAACUCGUGCACAAUUGCCGCCGCAUUGAUUGUCACAGUCGUAUUCGUUGCCGCUAUCAUGAUCCUUAGCGGGAACGCGUCCAACGGCUUCCGUUUCUUGUCCACUAAAGCCGCCUUCAUAAUAUCUGCGGUCUCAGAUGUCAUCUCUUUUCACGUCCACACUUCUCUGAAUAUGUUCUUUUCCAUUCUGACCUCGCGGUAUGCGGAGGAAGAUUUCUUUUUACGCGUUGCCAAGAGGCUUUGCAUUGAGCUCGCCACAUUUUUCAUGUCCAUCUUGUUUAUGAUGGUGGCUUUUAGUGCCACUAUUUUUAUUGUUUUCAGCCAGGAAAAAGUUUGGAUACGCAUACAUGUGGCUGCUCUUGCUCGUGACCUCUUUCGUGAUGCUGCAAUUCCGGUUGCUUGUGGAUUUUAUUCUAAUACAUACAGUCAUGGCAUUUUCGACAAGCAGAGUAACCGCUUCUUCUACUGA